ACGGUAAUCUUAACCUUUUCUAUGAUCGGCAGGGAAACUUGGAAGGGAGAAUUCGCUCUCCGUCUCUCCCCUUUCUUCCAGCGCCAUCACAACAUUUAGCUGUGUCUUGUUCACUUCUGUUGCACUGGAAUCUGAGCGGAAGAUUGGGAAUCAAAGAUCUGUCGUUAAAUAGCCCUGAGACCGUCGUUGUCGUUCUGUUCUACGCCGCAUCCCGCCAAUCCUGGACUUCCGCGCCCUCCGCGCACUCCACGGCCUCUUAUAACCCCGACAACAAUAACCGCCGCGGGCAUGCUCGAGGUUCUUCAAAACCUCGACAUGAGUUUCAUUAACUCGAUCGUUACUCACCUCGCUCCAAUCUUCAUAGCGACAAGUCCCAUAACCAGCUAUGCCGACCAAAUCUACUCGAUACACAGGACGAGGAGUUCGUCGGGUUUCUCGCUGGAUAUCCCGCUGAUCAUGUUGGUGGCCAGUAUAUUGAAGGUUUAUUACUGGUUCGGAGCUCGUUUCAGCACAUCGUUAUUAGUGCAAGCGGUUUUGAUGAUCGGUGUCCAUCUCCUACUCCUCCAUGUCGCACUCACGCACCGUCCGCCGUUCCAAACGCAUCCGUUCGCGCACGCGGCGCAGCCGAAGCCUCGACCGUAUAGCUUCUGGCAGUGGCGGUCGACAAAGCCUUACUGGGGCUUCAUAGCCUACUUCAGCGUCGUGUUGUUGGUCCUACACGUUAUGUUCAGCUCGACCGGCAUCUUCAUCCCGUAUACCAACCUUCUCGGAUACAUCGCGCUCGCAAUCGAGGCCACGCUCCCGUGGCCGCAGCUCCUCGCCAACUACCGCCGCAGAGGCUGCAAGGGCUUCCGCUUCAGCGUGUGCGUCAACUGGAUCAUCGGUGACACGUUCAAGAUGUGGUUCUUCUUCGCGUCCAGCGCCGGAGAAGUGCCCCUCGCGUUCAAGAUCUGCGGUUGCUUCCAGGCACUCUGCGAUCUGGGUCUGGGGCUGCAAUUCUGGAUGUGGGGUGACGGUCCGGAAGAGGACAUGAGCAAGAUUGCGGACCGCUACGAGAUGAACAGUAAGGUUGCUGGCGAGACUGGGUAUACGCCGGAAAUCGACAGCUACGGUAAUCCGGUGGCUCUGGGCGAAAAGGCGACGUACUGAGUUGAUGUUAAAGAGUGACGGGGCACGUUUGUCAUUUUCUUGAUGAUUUUCGAGCAUUUUGGUGUUGGCGUUUGAUCAACUAAGGAUUGCCUGGUUGGAUGGGUGGAUGAAUGAAUGGAUGGAGGUGGGAUUUCCAUAGCGAUCGGCGCAAACGAAAACAUGUAUGCAACGCGAUGCGAGCGAGGCAUUUUGAAAGCAAUUUUCCAAGACGAUAUGAAAUAGGUAAUAUUUGGCAUAAUUAUUUACUUUGAAUAAAGGAACAAGCAAUUAGAUGUACUCACUUUGCAUU